AUGGUUAAUGGUUUGAUAAGACGGCAGUUGGGUUACUGGAGAAGGCACUUAUCCAGCAGACGGAUUGGAACAGGAGCAUACCGAGAUGAAUAUUAUAGGACGGUAGUUGCCCAAGGGUAUCAAGGAGUGAAGGAAGAUAUAAAGAUUGGCAGAGAAGAGAUGACGAAUCAGUAUAUGCAUACGAAUAACGAAGAUAGACUCGAACAACUAAUAGAUAACUUCAAAUCGCCAAUUGAGUUUUCGUUUGGGUACGGGCUGGGGGUUUUUGAACAAAGUGGGUACGAUAUUAAGAAGAAGCCCCAGAUUGAUAUGAUACAUAUUGUGAGGGAACCCAGGCGAUUCCAUACUAGCAACUUGAGGCAAUUUGCGGAGCAUUAUUCUUUUUUAAAGAUGUUUGGGAUCAGUUCCAUAAGUAAAAUAGGAGAAUAUGGAGCCGGGGUAUACUUCAAUCCGUAUAUAUCGAUGAGAGAUCACGAUGAGCAAGAGAAUAUGAUCAAGUAUGGGGUUAUAUCAAAAAAGGAUGCCUUAACCGAUCUAAGUGAAUGGAGUUCAUUAUAUUUAGCUGGUAGAUUACAAAAACCGGUUAAAUAUUUGAAAGAAGAAGGAGAAGAACAAAUGAUUCAAAAAUUGAAUCAGUAUAAUUUGAAAAGCGCAUUUGGAGUUGCAUUAUUGAUGAUGAAGGAAGACCGGAUCAAUGAAGUGAAACUAUAUGAAAGAAUAGCUCAACUUUCCUAUAUGGGGGAUAUUCGUAUGCUAAUUGGAGGUGAAAAUCCAAAUAAAGUCAAGAAUAUUGUGAGUAAACAAUAUAAGAAUUUUCAAACUUUGUAUGAACCCAUAACACAAUAUUUUGUUGAUCAAGGAGUCAUUAGGGUUUUGUCUGAAACCCAACAGACACAAGAUUUAGGCGAUGAAAUACGAGGUUUUAAACUACAAUUGACGUCUGACAAAAAAAUGAAUAUCAUCAGUCAACUACCAUUGCAAUUUCGGAAAAAAUUAUACCAAAGCUACGAGAAAAAAUAUUCCGCUGAAUUGAAAAGGGAUUCCGAAGCCCAAAGAGUGUUAUACCAACAAUCUUACGAUUCUGUGAAGCCUGGAAUUUAUGUAAAGUCAAUUGCAAACGAUGAAUACUUUCGCAAAACUUUAAUCAAUACCGUAAAAUAUACGGUGGCUUACCCUGCAGUCUGUCAAACACUAAAAGGCGUUUUCACGGCCGGACUUGUCAAGUCAUUUAAGUACGCCUGGGAGAAAAAAGUGAAAAAUUUAACUAGUAAUUAG